AAGUAAAAACACCACAGCUUUCUUUUAAGUUCCUUUGAAAGGAAAGAGCGACAUCAGCAAAAUGGUGGGCCAGGAAGCUCCAAGCUCUUGAUCUCACACAGAAACACUGAAAACAACGGAAGCUGUCUGAGCCGACUUUGUAGGAGCUCUGGAAAACAAUCAAAGGUUUAAAGCAAUGAAGCAAAUCCCCGAUGGAAAAAAAAAAGGUAUCUUCAAAACUGUAGGACAAUUUAGUGACAUUUUUACUUGCCAACUCCAUCCCUGGGGCAGUGACAGUCUCAGUCUUAAGCAGCAACCAGGUUCUCCGUUCACUUCUUCAAACCGGAGAGAGAACCCCAGACCUUAUCUGCAAGUUACCGCGUAUGUUUUGUUCUGACCUGAAGGAUGGGUUUGUCUGUCUCUGCCUCACAUAACUCUGAACACAAGCAGGGGAAGAGUAGCACAAAGCUCAUACAAGCUACAAAGGACUACAAACCGACAGCCGCCUAGAGCAAGGGGUUUCGGAAAACGUAAAAUAGACCAUCUACAGGCUGCAAAAGAAGCUGGGGUGAUAACUCUGGGAAAUUAGGACAUUCAGAAGCAGCCAUGUAUAGGGAGGAUUUUAGAAAGCCACAUGCACACCCAGGCAAGAGGCAUGUCUGAAAGUUCCUGAGAAGACCUAGAGCCCUCACCUCAGGCUGACCUCUACACUCGAGCAAGCCUGGCUAACCAGAGAAAAACUGCUCCAGCACAGAACCAGUCUGCAGAGACUGAGAGAUGGGGCUGUUCUCUCUUUUUUGGUUUUUGCCUUUGUUUCAGUUCCUGGCAUUCAAAGAAAUCUCUGUCAAAACAUUAGCUGAACAUGAGCCCAAGGAAUAGAGGCUUCAGUAAGCAUAAACAAGGGAGUCUUUGCAAAAAUGGUUGGGAAACACUGGAAAACAAAUGGGACUACCACAGCCAUCAAUAAUCGAAACAAAAAUAAAAACGCCGAAAAAUCCUGGGAAAGGAGACUCUGACUUCCAGAGUUGCCAUAUUAUAACCACCCAGUGCCUGAUUUUCAACAACAAAAACACCAAGGCAUACCAAAAAAUAGGAAAACAAGGCUUAUUCAAUGGAAAAGGAUAAACUGACAGAAACCAUCCCUGCAGAAGACUUCAUCAGAAAAAGGGUUUUAAACGAGUGUCUUAAAUACGCUCAGAGCUAAAGGAAAACAGGGUAUGAAAGGAAACCAGGAAAACAGUACAUGAACAAGGUAAGGUUACCAGCAAACAAACAAAAAUCAUUCAAAGGAACUAAAGAGUAGGCGUGGAGUUGAAAAGUACAAAACAGAAAUUAAACAUUCACUGGAGUUCAAGAGCACAUUUGCGCAGGAAGAAAAUCGAAUCAGCACACUUGAAAAUGAGACAAAUGAACUAACCAAGUCUGAAGAGCAGAAAGAAAAAUGAAUAAGGAAAAGUGAGCAGAGCCCUGGAGCCAUCCGGGACAUCACCAAGGUACAAUACACCCAUUCUGGGAGUCCCAGAAGGAAAAGAAAAGAAAGGGCUAGAGGUCUUUAUUGAAGGAAAAAAAAAAAAAAAUGGCCCCAAACUUCCCAAAUUUGACGAAAGACAUAAAUCUUCAAAUCCAAGAAGAUCACCCAAUUCCAAGGAUGGUAAGAGAAAUCCAUACCAAGCACAUUCUAAUCAAACUACUGAAAGACAAAGAAAGGAUCUUGAAAGCAACAAGAGGGAAGAGACACAUCACAUACAAAGUAUUCUCAAUAGGAUUACAGGCCAGUUUCACUUCAGAAAACCUGGGAGGCUAGAAGGCAGCGGAUGGAUAUAUUUAAAGUAUUGAAAGAAAAGAACUCUAAACCAAAAAUUCUGUAUUUGGUGAAACUGUCCUUCAAAAAUGAAUGAGGGCAUCUUUGAGCUCAUGCAGUAGACACCAUGAGCAAAGCUCACCCUCCCGAGUUGAAAAAAUUUAUGGACAAGAAAUUGUCACUGAAAUUAAAUGGUGGCAGACAUGUCCAAGGAAUAUCGCGGGGGUUCGAUCCGUUUAUGAAUCUUGUGAUAGAUGAAUGUGUGGAGAUGGCAACUAGUGGGCCACAGAACAAUACUGGAACGGCGGUAACACGAGGAAAGAGUAUCAUCAUGUUAGAAGCCUUGGAGCGAGUAUAAACAAUGGGGGUGUUCAUCAGAAGCAAUCAACUGCUUCCACAUGUCCCCUCCAUAGUACCUGUUUUACUACAAUAUAAAAAUCAGGUCGUGUGCAUUUUCAUAUUGAACUUUUUUGUUAAAUAAACUUUUAUAAUAGUCAAAAAAAAA